AUGGAUCAAAAAGAAUUGUCGUUUUUGUUACUAGUGAUCAUGUUAGUUAGUAACAUGGAAGCUGUUAAAAAUAACAAGCUUAAUGUUGAAGCUUCUUUAAAACAAGUUGACAUGAUGUUUCCUCCGGAAAUGAAAGAUGCUACAAAAGCCUCAAUAGAGAAGUGCAAAGAUGUAUCUAAAAAGUUCAAAGAUCUGUGUGAAGCAUCGUACUGGACUGCAAAAUGCAUCUAUGAAGACAACCCGAAGAAUUUCUUAUUUGCA